AUGUUGGCAUCAACUUCCGACAUCAUAAAAACAGUGCCACGUGUAGUAGAAUCACAACGGGAGAUCUUCUUCGAAAUCGGAUGCUACAUCUACCGCACUUCUUUUGCAGUGAUGGAGUUGCAAACAACUGAGAACCCUCCGGAGAACGCGAGGGAGAUCCUGGAAUCACUUUCCAGAAGCAUCAAUGAGGCCAAGGAUCUUGUUAGCGGAUGCAGGAGGAGGAGCUUUGUAGAAGAAGAUGGUUCACUUCCCUCCGAUGACUCCAAUAUUAGAAGCACCAUAAGUCAGCUGGAGGAGGUGAUCAAACGUGCUGGCGAAAUCUUGAGAAGCAUCCCUUCAUCAACCUUUAUAGACAACGAAUAUUCAGAAAUGGCUGUCAGGUCCAUUGCUAGUGAGAUGCAGAAUGCUCAGUUCAAAGUUUUGCAGAAAGAAGAGGCAGCAGAAGAGCAAGUGACGGAAGAAGCACAAAGAGAGCCCAUUGAGUCAUCAGACCUCUAUCCCACUAAUGCUGAUUUUUCAACAAAUGAUUCUCAAGUCUUGGACACGAAAUUGCCGCAGUUGAUUCAGUUCCUAAGGAGACCCACAUCAAGUAUCAGCAGGAACCAAGGGCUCAAAAACCACAGAAGCAUAUCUACAGCAUCAUUUCCAGAUAUGGCAAUCGAGCCUCUGUACGAGACAUUCUGCUGUCCACUAACGAAACAGGUGAUGGAAGAUCCAGUUACCAUACAAAGCGGGGUCACCUUUGAAAGGAAGGCCAUAACAAAGUGGUUCCAGGACGAGUUUGAGAGCUCUCCUGAAGCUGUCUGUCCAGUCACUGCAUUGAAACUGACCAAUACAAGUUUGAGACCCAAUGUCGCUUUACGGACCACGAUUGAGGAAUGGAAGGAAAGAAAUGAGGCUGCAAAGAUCAAGGUCUGUCGAGCUGCUUUGUCUUUAGCUAGUACAGCAAGCAUGGCAGUAGAAGCAGUCAGAAAUUUGCAGCAAAUCUGCACAAGGAACCCAUUCAACAAGAUGCAAGUUUGCAAUGCAGGCAUACUGCCAUUGCUUGACAACUUCCUGAGUCAUAAAGACAGAGAUGUCAGAAUUGCAGUUCUGGAAUUUCUCGUCGAUUUGGCGGAAGAGGACGAUGGAAAGGCACGGGUUCCCUCCUUAUCUGCAGGAAAUGAUUGCAAAAACAGUGGACUUGUCAGCAGUUGUGAGACUCCUGUCAAGUGGCCACCAGGCCCCGAGGAAGUACAGAUUGAAAUGGCAAGCUACCUUGGAGAAAUCUCUCUCGGCCAUGAAAGCCAAAAGACCUAUGUCGCUGACAGGGCUUCUCCAGUUCUCAUCAGGAUGGUGCACAAUGGGAAUGCACUGACCAGAAGAGCAGCAUUCAAAGCUCUGGCUCAAAUCUCUUCAUACCAUCCCAAUGCAAACACACUCACUGAAGCAGGAAUCCUCCACAUUAUGGUCGAAGAGAUGUUCACCCGGAGAAUCUACAACGAACCCAUGGAUUCGAAGAACGAAGCUGCUGCAAUACUUGCAAAUAUACUCGAGGCAGGGGUUGAGCUUCAGAACCUCAAAGUAAACAGCUACGGCCACAAGCUAACUUCAGACUACGUGGUCUACAACAUCAUCCACAUGCUCAACAACUCGACUCCUGAGGAACUCAACAUCAACCUGAUCAGGAUCAUUCUUUGCCUUGCUGACUCGCCGAAUUCGAUGGCUACAAUCGUCUCGGUGGUUAAAAAACAAUCCGAAGUGAGCUACAAUCUCAUCGAACUGAUCAACAAUCCCCACGAGGAACUAGGUGUUUCGGCCAUCAAGCUACUGAUCAAACUGUCUCCUUACAUGGGGCACACAGUGAUCGAGAGACUGUGCAAGACAAGAGGUUUGCCAGAGAACUUAAUCCUCGACGAAACUGCUGGAACAACAGCUAGAACCACAGAGAGGCAGGCGCUUUCAGCCCUAUUUCUAGCUAAACUCCCUCAUAAGAACUUGACACUCAACUUGGCACUUGUCGGCCUAGUCCCCAGAAUCCUGGACUCGAUCAAUCAAAUCCAAAGCUCGGGGACAAGAUCGAGCAGGCAUUCAAGUGCUUACCUGGAAGGUCUAGUGGGAGUCCUUGUGAGGUUCACAUCUACACUGUAUGAGCCACAGAUGCUGUUUCUGGCCAGAACCCACAACUUCACAUCGGUAUUCACUCAACUCCUGCUGACCAAAACAUCCAACGAUGAAGUUCAGAGGCUAUCCGCAUUUGGGUUGGAGAAUUUGUCAGCAGAAUCAGUAAACCUGUCGAAACCACCAAAGACCAAGAAGCCAACGUCAUUGGGCAAAAGCUUCAGCAUGCGAAAUUUUCUUUCCUUUGGGUCCUCCAACAAGAGACGAGCCCCUCUCUGUCCUGUCCACAGAGGAGUGUGCUCCUCACAGGACACGUUCUGCUUGGUCGAUGCGAAUGCGGUGGAGAGGCUGCUGACGUGCCUGGACCAUGAGAACGCGAAGGUGGUUGAUGCUGCUUUAUCAGCCAUCUGCACUCUGUUAGAUGACAGAGUGGACAUCGAGAGCAGCAUCGCGAUGCUGAUCGGAAAGAAUGCUGUGAAGCAAAUCCUGCACGUGGUGACGGAGCACGGGAGUGAAGCUUUACGGCACAAGUGCUUCUGGUUUCUUGAGAGGUUCCUGGAAAGCGGUGCGGACAGCUCUGUUGGGGAUAUAUCCAUGGACAGGUCAUUGCCUGCAAUUGUGAUUAGCGCUUUUCAUCACGGAGAUGGCAACACUCGCCAGAUGGCUGAGAAGAUUUUAGGCCACCUGAAUAGGGUGCCUAAUUACGGAACUACCCACUUUACCAUGUAGAAAGAAGUCUUUGUGUGUAUAUACAGAGAUUAUGUUUGGGAGAAGCUAGCCAG